AUGAACUUGCCGGGAGCUCAGCUCCUUCGCCCCACGACGCCUCGCAACCUCCGGGGCUCCGACGGAGAAGACGGCGAGAUCGACGUCCUGGGCGAGGAGGAAGGUGGAGACGCGCCGCACGGGCCGGGGCCGCAGGGGGCGCUUCCCGGGGAGCGCACCCCGGAGUGUGGCGCCAAGCUCGGGGCCCCGACGAGGGCCGCGGCGGCCUCCGGGGAGGCCGCGCCGCCAGCGAAGCCCCCUUACUCGUACAUCGCGCUCAUCACCAUGGCCAUCCUGCAGAGCCCGCACAAGCGCCUCACGCUCCGCGGCAUCUGCGCCUUCAUCAGCGGCCGCUUCCCCUACUACCGCCGCAGGUUCCCCGCCUGGCAGAACAGCAUCCGCCACAACCUCUCGCUCAACGACUGCUUCGUCAAGAUCCCCCGCGAGCCGGGCCACCCGGGCAAGGGCAACUACUGGAGCCUGGACCCUGCCUCCCGGGACAUGUUCGACAACGGCAGCUUCCUACGGCGCAGGAAGCGCUUCAAGCGCCCCCACCCGUCCGCGGGAGCCCACCUGCACCAGCCCUUCCCCCUGCCCGCCGCGCGCGCCGCCCUGCACGGCGCCUACCCGGGCCUCCUGCUCGGUUCCGAGGCCCGGCCGCAGCCUGCCCCGGGGACCUACCCCUCUGCCGCCCCCGGGAGCCGCCCGUGCGCGCUGCUGCAUCCGCAUCCCCUUCGCUACUUGCUGCUCUCGGCCCCGGCCUCCGCUGAGGCGCAGAGGAAAGCGCAAGGUGAUGACCGGGCGACCCCCCGCACCCUCCCGGCGCUGCAGCCCUCGCCGAGCUCCCAGCCUUGGGAGGAGGGCCAGGGCCGGGCGUCGCUGCCCGGAGGCGGAUGCACCUCCUUCAGCAUCGAGAGUAUCAUGCAAGGGGUUGGCGGAGGGAGUACAAAGGCCGCGCCGAGUCUGCCCUCGACCCCGUGGGGCUACUGUCACCUGCUGCAGCACCCGUCGUGCCUGUUGCGUCCCCAGGCCGCUGCCCCCAUGCUGCACGUGUCCGCCGCCGCCGCCGCUCGGAAGAUUUUGUUGCAGCAGCAGCAGCAGCAGCAGCAGCAGCAGCACUGUACCAGCGGCUGCGCUCCCAGCAAGGGCGCGCUGCUGGGCCGGCAUCUGUCGGCCGCUGCGGCAGAGGGCUCUAGGCUGGCAUCGCUGGCCGCCCCUUCGGACGGAGGGGGACCUCGCCGGCCUUUUGAGUAG